UCGACAAAGAUGGUGCAAAGAUAGUUUAUAUAUUCUUGCCAUCAAAUGCAUCUCGCCCAUACGUAUGUCCAAUGUGCGAUAAAGCAUUUUCAAGAUUAGAACAUCAGACUCGUCAUAUACGCACUCAUACCGGCGAGAAACGACAUAGAUGCGACUUUCCCGGAUGCGAGAAACGAUUCUCACGCAGCGACGAACUAACCCGUCAUCGCCGUUUCCAUAAUAACACCAACAGAAGAGACAGUCGCAAGAAUAAAUUGGAGUUGGAAUUUAAAAAUAUUACCCAAUCUACUCCAUUUGGCAGAUGCAAUAAUUGCGUUAUAUCAUCUCGACUUUGA